AAUUUCCGUCUGUUCAACUUCUGUAAACGCCUUGAGUUAAGCUCGAUCUAGCUUUUCUCGACUCCAUGGACGUUACUUUACAGUGAUGAGACUGGUUGAUUCGCAGUCAUGACUUUUCAAAGUGUCCUUCAAAUGAACGUCAACGCGAAUUACAAGGCAGCGAAUUCUUCAUCAGCGAGCUACGGCCCUUAUUCUGAGAUCUCCAACCGGAGCUUCUCUGCUGAAAAUGAUAACAAGCAUCUUCAGAUUCUCGCCAACUCGCUGGGUACAUUGCCCCGGGGGCGAAGACAGCUUUCAUUGACUAGAUCAAACUCCUUGGCGGACACUUCAGAUUUUCGAAAAAAAAUGGUUGUUUUAAAUAAGCAAGAUAAUGAAACGUUUGGAUUUGAGAUUCAGACUGUUGGAAUGGAUCAGCAAAAUGCUAAUACGUUACAGAUGUGCACGUACGUCUGCAAGGUGUAUGACAACAGUCCUUCUCAAUUUGCAGGGCUGAAGGCUGGCGAUAUGCUAGUUAACAUCAAUGGAGUCGAUACUGAAGGGUUUAGUCACCAAGAAAUUGUUGAUCUAAUUAAGGCAUCUGGUAAUUUAUUAAGCCUGUUGACUGUUCAUAAGGACUCCAUUAGAAGAGAUCAACUUGAAACAAGAUUGCAUUUUUUAAAGAAAACACUUCAAGAGAAAUGGGUGGAGUACAGAUCAAUUUUGCUACAGGAACAACGCCUAGUUCAUGGACUCUUGAGGAAUGGUAACACAACAGAAUCUACAGAUUCCUUUCUGUACAACAAUAAUGCGUUAUUUGGAUCAACCAGACGGAACAAAGAGAGAUUUUCCAGUGACAGCAGCUGCAAGAGUCAACUCAGCCUAAUGACUGUUGAAAGUGAGGAUUGUGACUUCCAACUCAGUGUGUUUGAUGACUCAGGAAGUCACUGUAGGCGGAGCAGUAUGGAUGAAGAAUGUAUCUUCCACAGGGAACCUGAUACAUUGACACCAAAAACUCACCUGAGUAGGAGCAGGAGCAUUAGUGUGUCCAGUAAUGGGAGUGGACACACAUCACCGUCAUGGGACUUAAACAGCGGCUUUGGGACAGUUUCUCGAAGGUGCAGGAAAUCAAGUGUUAGGAAACGCCUCAUGAAGUUCAUUCCAGGCCUAAAUAGAUCAGUUGAAGAGGAUGAGAGUCAUUUUUAGAAUUUUAUAGCAAUUUUUUAAUACAAUAAUGAUACUGCUAGAUUCAUAAUAGCAUUAAGAAGCAACAAAAAAAACUGUGGCAUUACACUGUUUCAAAAACUCUUGAUUGCAGGCUGGAUCUGUGUGAAAAUAUAGUAAAACCUUUUUAGAGAAAUUGUAUAGCUUUAAUCAAAAGUUAAUUUUACUGUACAUUUUUAUAUAAUCAAUUUUAUUCCUAUAAUCAGGUUCAAGUAUUGGAGGUAUCUUUCAUUGAGCAAUAUGUUCACGUUAUUUCAUAUUAACAGUUGCUUUUAUAAGGCUGUGAUUUUAAAAGCCAUGAUCCAAAAAUUAGUUGAUUGUUCUAAUGUGAUCUUAUGAAGUGCACUCCUGCAACCUGAUUGCUUAGAGUUUUGAAAACUACAGUCACGUGUCAAUCUUCCUAAAGUACAUAUAUAAAGGGCCCACUUAUGGUACAAUGGCAGUGUCCCUACAAAAACAGAAGUUGCUGGAAAAACUCAGCAGGUCUGGCAGCAUCUAUGCAGAGAAAUCAGAGUUAACUUUUCAGGUCUGGUGACCCUUAGAACUGUGACCCUACUAAUAUCCUUACCCCUGGACUGGGAGAGCUAAGUUCAAGACCCACCUGCUCCAAAAGUGUUUAAUAAAUCUCUGAACAGAUUGAUGACAAAAAUAUAUUAAAUAAAUCAACUCUAGAAUUGAAAAUUUACAAUUAGCCAACAAUUCACAAACUUUCCUCAUCAGACAGCAACUAAAUAUGGAUUUACUUCAAUCCCUUUAACCUAUUUCCAAAAGGAAGCAAUCUAGUUUUGGCUUUAAAAGAGCAAAUUCAAUUAAAUGUUAUGGUGCUGUAAACACUAACCCUCUAGAGCUUGCAGAGUUAGUUGAAUGCAUCAAAUUUGCCUGGAACUAGUAGGUGCUUGAACCACAACUGGGCAAUAUUUACUGCAAGCACAUGCUCCCUCUCGGUGAAAAUCCAAGUGCCAGUUUAUUAAUGGGGGGAUAGGGGUAUUCCAAAGCCACCUUCUCAAGCCUCCAUGUUUCCCUGACCUCUUCAGCAAUGGCAGUCUAUCUAUAUUCAUAAAUUAUUUAUGAUUCUUUUGGGUAUCCAGGCUUCCCUCCAGUUCCUUCCAUUCACACGUUUGUGCAUGCCGUCCCAAUUGACUUGCAUUCUUAAACUGGCUGAUUCAAGAAAGUGAAACAACAGAAAAGGGAAUUGCCACCCAUAGCCACUCCUCUGAUGCCUCAAGCUCUAGCAAUGAGAUCGUUUUCGCCCCUUACCAGGCCAAACAGAAUCUGAAAAUAGACAGGAAAAUGCUACAAGCAGGUCAUUUCUUUUCCAGUGCUUUUUCAACAGCAAUUGCUGCACAUGUAUGGAAGAACACUUGAGGAAAUAUGAGGCCAAUUUGUGCAUUUAUUUUCUCAGUUUUAUCUUCAUUAACCACAAGUAACUCUUAUAGUUGAAUGGAUACAGUCUUCUUUGGAGAUCAUUUAUUGUUAAUUUAAUUUUUUCAAUGUUUCACUUGUUUCCUUCCCUCUGCAAGUCAUUCUAAGAUAGUUUUAAGAUGGCAAAAUGUUUGAUGUCAGUAGAAGGUUUAGAAAUAGGAAUUUGAAAAUGAGGAUGCAUGAAGCCAUUCAUUUCAAGUUGCAUUCAGGUAUGUUGACUUAAUGAACUUUUAAAAUGGGAUAGUAUGCAUAUUUUUGAUUAUUUUCAAAUAAGAUUAUAUACAACAUUCAAAAAUAAGUAAUCUCCGGUUUUAAAAUGAAAUAAAAUGAGUUAACAAAAUAAUUGGAAAGGAGCAUGCACCCUCUGGCUCUGUGCAUAUCCAAACAUACCCUCAGUUGAGUUCAGGAUAUUUUCCCAGUUUUAUUAUUGUGAAGUGUGAACAAAAAUAAAUUCUCUGCAUAAUU